AUGAGUUGUCCUAUGAGAAGCGGUUUCGCAGGAGAUGCCGUGCAGGAUGGACAUCAUCUAGGGUCGGAGGCCGGCAUGUUAUACGGGGAGUACCUGAUGCUGGACAAGGUGUUGAGCGCGCAGCGAAUGUUGUCCGUCGAGGGUAAUAAACCAGUACACGACGAACAUCUGUUCAUUGUGACGCAUCAAGCGUACGAGCUGUGGUUCAAGCAGAUCAUCUUUGAGCUGGAUUCGAUUCGGGAUCUCUUCAGUACCGAGCACAUCGAGGAGUCCCGCACGUUGGAAAUUCUGAAGCGUCUCAACCGGAUCGUGAUGAUACUGAAGCUUCUGGUAGAUCAGGUCCCGAUCUUAGAAACGAUGACACCCCUAGACUUCAUGGACUUUCGUGAUUACCUCUCGCCAGCAUCCGGUUUCCAGAGUCUGCAGUUUCGUCUGCUGGAAAACAAACUCGGCGUCAAGUCGGAGCACCGGGUGAAGUACAACCAAAAGUACACGGAAGUGUUCGCGAGCGAUCCGUCCGCGAUCACGCGUAUCGCCACGACCGAAAUAGAACCAUCGCUGGCGGAUCUGGUGCAGAAGUGGCUCGAGCGAACGCCAGGCCUUGAACAGGGUGGUUUCAACUUCUGGGGAAAGUUCCAGGAGAGCGUCGAAAAGCUGCUCUCCGAGCAGGAAGCUAGUGCCAAGCUGGAGGAGUACGAGCAUGUGCGCGAGUACCGCCUAAUGGACAUCGACAAACGCCGAGAGGUGUACAAAUCCAUCUUUGACGCGCAGGUUCAUGAUGCACUGGUGGCUCGCGGUGAACGUCGUUUCACUCACAAGGCUCUUCAGGGUGCCAUUAUGAUCACGUUCUAUCGGGAUGAACCUCGCUUCAGUCAGCCCCAUCAGCUGCUGAUGUUGCUGAUGGAUAUCGACUCACUGAUCACCAAGUGGCGAUAUAACCACGUCAUCAUGGUGCAGCGCAUGAUUGGCUCGCAGCAGCUUGGCACAGGAGGUUCCUCUGGGUAUCAGUACCUGCGCUCUACUCUGAGUGAUCGAUACAAGGUGUUCAUCGAUCUGUUCAACCUAUCCACGUUCCUGAUACCGCGCAGUUCGAUUCCACCGCUUACGAACGAAAUGCAGAAAGCCUUGAACAUGGCCUGGGGAUCCCCUGCUCACGGCCCAUUGCGCAACGGUUCAAUGCAUUGA